AUGCCCAAAACCGUCAACAGCCCGGGGCCCCCCGCAUCCGAAUACGCAAGUAGCUCUCAGUCUUCUCGGAGUCCUCGUGAGAAGAUGCAUCCUGAGCAAGAAGAGUUACUAGACGACCUGUGGAAGAAAUAUGAAGAGCUGCGUAGACACAGGAAAAAGUGGAGUUUCUGUCUAUAUCCUGCAGCAUUCCAAAAGAGGGUUAUUGACAAAUGCGAUGAAUACGUCAAAAAGCACGGCGACCUGUACGACCAAUUCGUGGAAAGAAACGAAAAGGAAUUACGGGACCAGGCCGAACUCGAAGCUCUUCGACAAGAAGCCGAUCGACGAGCCGCUCGCCGAGCUCCUCGUCCUCAAAAAGCUGCUCAGCAAUCUCCUCCUCCUCCUCAAGCUGCUCAACAAGCAGAAAGGGCAUGA